AUGGAAAAAGGUUUAAACGUCUCAGAACGAAUCACACAUUCAUGCUCACCUAACAUAAUGUCAAAAAUUGGGAUGAAAUUUGAUGAGAGGCCUGAUUCAGAGCAUCUUUCGCAGUUAAAUGCUAAUGGCAAUCAAAAUUAUAUUGAGAUACGGUCUUGUCACGCUGAUGAACGUUUAAACUGGACAAUGCUUCAACAAGGUAUGGUAUUAUGUGCGCAAAAUAUUGGUUCUCUUUUUAUGUUAGUGGUUGGUCCACAAGCGGAUCGUUUAAAUGGCAAAUGGACAGUAGCUGUGGCGCUAUUUGUCACUAUCAUUAGUAAUAUGAUAUUACCGCUUUUUGCUGCAAAACAUUUUAUUUUUGCAAUUAUUGCUCGGAUUCUUUGUGGAAUAGCUGAUGCUUUCCUUACUCCAUCGAUUAGCUCUAUGAUCGUUCGAUGGUUUCCACCGAAAGAGCGUUCAUUUGCUAUUGGAUUUAUUACGGGUGGCCGACAAAUUGGAAGUUUACUUAUUUUGCCAGUGUCCGGAUGGGUUUGUCUCAGAAAAGAUACAUUUGGCGGUUGGAAAUUUACAUUUUAUAUUUCGGCAAUAAUUGCUGCGCUUAUGCUACUUAUCUGGUUGAUUAUGUCAGCUGAUAAGCCAUCAAAGCAUUAUUUCGUAAAAAAUGAAGAAAAAAUGUAUAUUUUGAGGAAAAUUAGCGAAGAAUCUUUGGGAAAGAGGAAAGAACGGAAAAAUACACCAUGGAAAGAAUUACUAAUAUCACGUCCAUUCAUUAUGGGAAUAUUAGCAGUAGUUUGCCAAGAAUAUCCGCUCGUUAUCACUACAACAUUACUACCCAUUUAUAUGAAAGAAGUACUUCACCUGUCGGAUGUUCGCAGCACUUUAUAUUCUGCACUGCCACUACUAGCAUUAUGGAUCAGUAAGAAUCUUUCGUCAUCACUUUCGUCUUGUCUGAGUGCAAGAAAAAAUGGAUGCUGUGUGAUGAAAAGGACAAUUCUUGUUAAAUCAUUCAAUGGCAUCGGUUCAGCUGGUCUUGCUUUUGGUCUCUUUAUCAUACCGCUGAUAACACAUGACAUGCAAGCAUUGAUUGUCGUUUGUAUUGCAAAUGCAUUUGCUGUAAUUUCAGGUUUACACACUCCUGGUGUAUUUACUGCAUUAUUGCAGAUAGGUCCGGCAUAUACAGGUUCCAUUACAGGCAUUGCUUUUUCUGCUGGACAUAUAGCUAACAUUGUGAAUAAGCUGACAAAUGGAUUGAUUCUACAUUCGUGGUCCGGUUCAGAUAGUCAGUGGAAACUUCUUUAUACGAUAUCAGCAAUUGUUGCUUUCUUACCUGUGAUAUUUUUUACUCUUUGGGGUUCCGCUGAUCUACAAUCAUGGGCAAUCCCGAAAUUGAGGGAAAAAGAAUCAGCUGGAUCUGAGAAGAAAGAUAUGAACAUGAAUAUCAGCAAGACUGCCGAAACAAUAUCUUCAGCUUAUCAUGCCGAAACACUUCCCACACCUGUCUGA